UGAGAGCUUUGAUGGCUUCAGUCGUCGGGUUCUUGCGAUGAAUAAGUCAGGAAUAUUUUGUCAGCUUUUGAUAACUUGUGCAUGUUUUGCAAGUACACCCAGUGAGGGAAACUGGCCGAUAUCCAAGGUGUUGCAGUUGUUGGUACAGAAAAAGACAUCUAUGGAGGGCACGGGAUCCCGGGUGAAUCUUACUGUCUUAGAUAUGAAGAUAUAAGGAGGGUUAUAGUUUUCAUGUGAGGAUUUUACAAGACACAGCAUGGAGGAGGUGAUUAAGGAGGCUCUGGGGACACAGACUCUAACUCGGCUGGGGGUGGGAGGGUCAGGCUGUAUCAACAAAGGAGAGGGCUAUCAGACUGACCAGGGGAAAGUCUUCAUCAAAGAAAACUCAGCAAAAGGCGCAAGACAGAUGUUUGAUGGAGAAUUUGAAAGUUUGAAAGCUCUCCACUCCACACAGACCGUAAAAGUGCCUCAGCCUGUAAAGGUGAUUGACAAGCCAGGGGGCGGGGCAUUGUUGGUGGCAGAAUUCAUGGAUAUGGGUCAUGGCCUGUCAAAAUUUUCAGCUCUGCUCGGGAAGCAGCUGGCCAGACUUCAUCUCCACAAUUCAGAGGUGGGUGAAUUGCAGAAGAAACAGGAGAGCUCUGUUCAUGUUAGCCACCAGGUGGAGCACAUUGACAAAUUCGGCUUCCAUGUUCCUACCUGCUGUGGUUACAUUCCACAAGAAAACACAUGGAAUGAGGAUUGGAUUAAGUUCUAUGCCCAGAAGAUAGAAUAUCAAGUGAAAAAGGUGGAAGAAGAUCAUGGUGACAGAGAAGUGCGUGAACUCUGGUCCUUAGCGUUGAUCAAAGUGCCUUCACUGUUCAAAAAUGUAGAAGUAAAACCUGCUCUUCUCCACGGAGACCUCUGGGGAGGUAAUGCUGCAGAGACUACCACAGAGCCAGUAAUCUUUGACCCUGCGAGCUUUUACGGCCACUCUGAGUAUGAUCUGGCCAUCGCUCGGAUGUUCGGUGGAUUCAGCGAGAGCUUCUAUUCAGGCUACUUCAACAUCCUGCCAAUGGCUCCUGGCUACAGGAAAAGAUUGAGCCUCUACAAGUUCUUCCAUUAUAUUAACCACUGGAACCACUUUGGCGAUGGCUACAGGUCUUCAGCCAUUCAGACACUGCAGUCAGUGUUACACUGACGAGCUCCACAGUACAUCUGGAUAUACCACACCUGAGAAUGGUUACCUUUUUACAAGUUUCUGCUUACACAGGAGUGUUGAUGUGAAUCGAAGCCACUAUGCAGAAGUGCUUCUGAUGGAUUUAAGCUCUUGAUCAGACAUGCCAUUAUCCGGUGCUGGUGCUGGUGCUGGUGCUUAGGACUGCUCGAUCUAGCUUCCAUUGACAAAAUGUGGUACCAUUUAUCUGAUUGGUCCGUAAAAUUUUUGAUCGCAGCUGUUGUGAAUUUGUGCAAAUUUUAAUGCAGCAUUACUCCCACUGCUGUGGUGUCUGGUGAGGUCUGCUGUUGCUAAUUAGAGCACACUUCUAGUGAGGUAGCACAAUGAAACCGAAAGCAUGCUUCCUGCCACAAGCCAUCAGUGUUGCAGUACAGGUGUUUGGUGUCUUGAGCAUACUGUUUUACUGAGACAGCAUAUUAAAGAUGAAGGCCUACCCCUGCUGCAAGCCAUCAUUGUGGAAGUAUACGGGGUGUCUAGUCUGGCAGCACAACAGCAUGCCCCUGCUACAAGCCAUCAGUGUUGUAAGACAAGCAUGUAUGCUUGCUGGAGUUUUUAUGACAUACUUAACAAUAGUCAUAUGAUGAUAAGUCAUUCUGUGUGUAUGCCACCAAAGUGCUGCUGGAACUGAAGUAUCAUGCCAAAGACACCCCACCCAGUAGAUAUUAUACUGACACUGCGUCAACCAGUCCCUUUUCCUUGUUCUAACCGUCCUAGGUGCCAAGUGAGGCAGCAACUAGUGCUUAAAGUCUCUGGUGUGACCCAGGUUUGAUCCCGGGUCUUCUGACUGAAAAGCAGACGCUCUAACCAUUAGGCUAUUGACGCAGGUUGUGUAGGGCAGAGUGUCUUGGGCAUACUGUUUCAGUGAGGCAACACCACAGAGACUGACCAAAUGUCUGCUGCAAGCCAUAAAUGUUCUAGGAUAUGCACAGUUAGAAGCUACAUAUGUUAGGAUUGCUUCAGGAUUAUCUCAGCAAACAAAGACAACUUGGGUAUGUAGUAGCUUGAUGGGGUUUUAUUUUCAUGGAAAACACCACAGCUGUUGUCAAUUUAUACAUUUAUAUUGUAACAAUAUAUAUAUAUAUAUACAAGAAUGGGGUCUACCAAGAUCCAGACUAAUGAAUAGAUAAUGAAACACACAAUAAUAUAAAUACUAGACAGUUAAGAGUCAUUUUACCGUUGGAGGGCAAUCUUCUGCCCCAUGUAACCCAGGGUCACUUGCACGACACCCCACAGUAUGUUCUUCUCAGUGUUGUUAAUACUACAUUAAGUUACACUUUUUAUGGAAGAAAAUGUGUAUAAAGUUGUAGUAAAACCAAUUGUAAGUCAGUAUGUGUAAAGCAGAGGAAAUACUAUGGGUUCAGGGAAAAGGAAGGGUAUAAACAAAAUCACUACCCAUCGAAGUUUGACUGUAAUUCAUCUUCACACGUUAUUGGUGCGUUAAGAAUGUACACUUUGGUAUUUUACGAGCUGCCUUGAUGAAAGUAUAAAAUGCUGAUUUUUAUCAAAUACAAGAAUGAAACUGCAAGCUUUGAAACACAGAGUUGCUUUAUAUCUCUUGAUGUCCUACAUAUCUUGGUUCCUGACUCGAUGCCAUCCCCCUGGGGCUAGUUUUCAUGAAGCUCACUUAGCUAGGUAACAGGGCAAGUUAUAGAAAAUGACCUAUGGCCCUAUUUUCAGGGGCCCCUUUUCUAAGAGGGUGUAGCUUAUGUCAGGCAUAACUGUCAUAACAAAACAUACUGUACAGGUUAGAUUUGACAUGGCAAUAUACCCCAUAAAACAGGCCCUGGAUUGGACAGUGUUCGUAUCGACAUUCUGUUUUUUGAGGUUUCCACAACUGCAAUAUUUGCACACACACCCAUGCUCUUCAUGGCAGUUACACUGUCUUUGUCGUUGUCUUUUGGUGAUGAUGAAAUACUGUAGGUAAAGCUGCAGAGUGAAAUCAUGGGAAUAACAGACUUCAACUCUGGGAAUACUGGAUUUUUGUCAAUACCUACUAUUACCGAGUGGAGUUACUGCAUUGGGAGAAAAGUUUGGGUCAACUGACUCAAAAGUCUGAGUAAUUUAAUGGAGCUGAUUUGACUCAAAAAAACCUCAUAUCGCCUGAUCAACUGAGUCAAGUGACUCAUCUUGUUAUAUUUUGACCCAUUUGGUUAGUCGGAAAACUCGCAAGAGUCGUUGAUGACUCAGCUAACUUGGUCAUACGACUCUGUGUUCUGAGUCGAAUUAGUUCCAUUGAAUUACUCAAGACUUUUGAGUCCGCUAACCCAAACUUUUCUCUCGGUGUGCAAUAUUGCAUCGAUAUCGUAGAGAAAUCUGAAUCAGCAGUCUAGUAUCCGAAGUUACAUUAUGCACGUGCACACAAUUUGGUUAAGCUGAAAAUUUGAGACCACUGUUUGCUGUCAGUCAAGCUGAAUUAUAUUUAAAAACUAACCCUAGAUGACCAUCCUUGUAAUUUGGUCAGUUAUUGACAUGUAAAACAGGGCUAAAUGUAGAUUCCUUACAGUAAUCAUUACAAAGACAGAUUUCAAAAUGUGUACAAGUGUUCACAAAUAAAAUAAGCCAUGAACAAUAAUACAGAGAAAGAAAAGAAAAAAAAAAAACUUUCCUACAACUGCUUACGGAUUUUCAGCUAUUUCUUAUUGCUGCCCACAGAUUGUGUAAGUACGUGUAGAACUACACACAUUGGACUCUUCCAGAACAUGCUAACUUCACACAUACAGUACAGUAUCUACACUUGCAUUGAAAACUUCACACAGGAGAAAGAUUUUUCACCCAGAUUUUAAAUAUUUGGAUGAUCAAUUGUAUGACCUAAUUUAAAAAAAAAACAAAAAAAAUGUGCCUCAAUUAUUACGUUAUCCAUACCAGAAUCUGAGUUCACAAAGAAAAUUGAAUACAUGCUUCAUUUUAAAGUAAAAGCCUGAAGUUUAAAUGACCAAAAGUCUGGCAUGCACACAGUAUUUUCUCAGAAACGGGUGUCAAUUAUAACACAAGAAUUACAUUCGUCCACUCUUCGAUCUCGCUGGACAGGUCUGCUUGAACUUCUUCCCAUAUGCUACAUUGGCUAACAAUAAAUCGCCAUUUACAGACACAAUCAUACCAUUGCAGUGAAGACAGAAGUAGAAAGCCUUCAUACAGACACUAAUUGGUAACCCAAUUAACUUAAACUGCAUUACAAAAAACAACAUAUUUUAAGUUAUUCUAAUUUUGUUAGAGCAUGUCCCGCCCAAUAUAACUGAUCUUUCUCCAUCAAAACCAUUCAUAAACCAACUCCCGAAAUGAAGUGAUUUGAUCAACAGGGAGAUAACCCACUGGCCUGCUGUUCACUCAAUGACAUAUAUGUACUUAAUAUAUUGGCAGAAGCUCUGGGUUGUAGAAGUCAUUACCAUUUACAGCCACUUAUGGAUAACAGUCAAGAAUACAUAAUCAUGUGAGAUAACAUGUAAUAACCGCUAAAAAAAUGUGACAACAACACAGACCAUAGAUAAAUGGUAUAAACACCCUUGGUAGCACAUUUCAUGAUGCUCGUACACACGCUGGCUGUGAUCAGUGAAGCACUUCAAUAUGAGCAUUAAGGCAGUAGGAACAAUAUAGAAACACAUGAUAACCUUAGAAUGUGCUUUCAUCACAUUAUUGGGUUAUGACACCGGAUGCAAAUUGUAAAUUUGAAUACAAAAAUGAAAUCUCUUGUGCGGAUAUACAUGAACAUAACAUAAUACUUUGGAAUUGUAGCAUUCUCAGCAUGUGGUGGCUAUGCACGUUGUUUGCUCUUUGAUA